AUGGUGGGAGGUGUCAGCGCAAACUUUGGCUACAUCGGAACGCCUGGACUGCUCAUAUGGCAGAAUGGUUCAUUUCUCCAAGGCCUGGACGUUCAAGCCUUUCUGGAGGCCAGGAUAUUUAGCAAGGCAGAUAAGCCGAGACGGAUUCUUCUCAACUCUGACGUGCCCGGCGGCAACGCACACAUGGUGCUGGAAGUCAGUACUCAGUCGCUAUGA